AUUGAUAGCGAUCGCAAGUCUGUUAUCAGGUGCGGGGCAAGCCGUUUUUUUCGCGUUCUGCUUUUCCAUUUUAUGGUUAGUCAGUCAAUAAGCGACAUCCGUGAAAAGUGGGUCGCCGGCGUCUCCGGUGUGUGUUGGGUUGGUCCACGCAGCGAUGGCUCCACCAAUUUGUGACAUUUCGUUCGACAACUCUCAUGGGGUGUUCUUUGCGGGUCAGACCCUCACCGGUCAGGUGGAGAUCACACUGCCGAAGGCGAAGAAAGUGAAGAGUGUCUUUUUGAAAAUUACCGGCCAAAGCAGCGUACGGUGGUCGGAGAGCGUCGGUACGGGGACCAGUGUGCAUUACACUGCUCGAGAAGAGUACGUUAGCCACCUGGAGAAGUUUGUGGAAGGGGAGGGUAAAGAGGAAGUGGAACUGGUGGAGGGAACACAUAAGUACAAGUUCUCAUACAAGUUACCAAAGGAUUGUCCCACGUCGUUUGAAGGCGAUUUCGGUUACAUACGGUAUACUGUGCGGAUUGUGUUCGAACGGCCAUGGAAGUACGAUCUAACAUACAAGAUAGCAUUUACGGUGGUAAACCAGUUGGAUUUGAAUAAGAUUUCGCCACCUUUGAACGUUGCCACCGUGCAGGAGAACCUGAAGCAGUUUAGCUGUGGACCAUGCAGAUCGGCCCCUAUGAUUAUGACGGUUUGCAUUCCAAUGACCGGCUAUGUUCCGGGACAACUGAUCUCGGUUGUGGUCGAUAUUAUGAACAAAAGUAAGAAGGACAUAAGUGAGGUUAAGAUAAAACUUCGCCGACAGGUCAAAUAUUUCAGCCAAUCAUCGAGCGGGAGAAGCAAAAGUGUGCUUUCUACUCUAGUCAAGUUUCAAUGCAGUGGCGUAGAUCGCAACAAAUCGGCUGGAUACGAGCGGCGACUCUUGAUUCCUCCGGAGCCUCCAUCUCGCUCGACCAGCAUAAUUCAAAUCGAAUACUUAAUAGAAGUCGUUGCAAAAAUACCGGGACUUUAUGGAAGCCCUCGGGUGAAGAUUCCAAUCGUGAUCGGUACGGUCCCGCUGGUCAAUCUUGACAAAUCUCAAACACAAUCCUCUGUGGUCGAUGGGCGGGUGUCCGGUUCCGGGUCAAGUAACAACCUUUCAACCCAGUUCCUAUCCAGCAGCAUUCAAUCGUUGAAAAUGCCCCAUAGCUUUGAGGAAUCGACAACCCGGGCGGCGGUUAAUAUCCAAGAGGACGACGAACACCAAACGCUGGGAGCGAAACCUUUCACCCCGCGCUAUCCGGUCUAUAGGUUCGAUGGCAACGAUGCGGCUCGUACUCGAACCAGUUGAUAGUGUUUAGAAAACGAUGAAGCCCUGCCUAAUGGAACGGUGACGCAGUGUGCUGUCACUUGACUGGACUUGAGUAAAACAGCAAUAAUGUAUAUUGUACUACAGGCGGGGUGUGUAGACUCUUAUCGGCAAACUGUUUGGCAAUGAAAUAUUGUCACCAGAGCAUGUAAUUUCGAAAUUGAAAGACAGAUUAAGGCAGGUCGAUAGAAAAGUGCUACACCCCUUCAGAAGUAAAAGACUUAUCGGUAAGCUAAUAUAUAAAUAUGAUUACGAUUUUACGGUCAUCUCACCCUACAGUUUCGCCUCGCGUCGCAGCUUUAUGUUCAUUAAGUACUUUUAUAGUUAUUUACUGCGAAGUUUCUAGACAAUGCAUCUAUUUUUU